AUGGUGGAUACUGAGGAUGUAUGGGUUUCGGACGAAGAGGAUAUAAUUUUUGAAAAAAAAGUAUCAUCAAAAGAAUGGGAAAGAUUAAAUGAAAAUUUUGGAAAUGUUGGGUAUAAAGAAGGAAUUGUCGAAGGUAAAGAUAUGACAAUACAAGAAGGCUUUGAUAAAGGAUAUUCCGAAGGCUUUAAUGUUGGUAAAGAAUUGGGAAGGUUAAGAGGUUUAUUAAA